CACACACACACACACGCACGCACAUUACACGCUUUUUUUUAAUAAUUUUUCUUUUAAACCGACUCAAAAAUAAGCAAACUUCUUUCUCUUCCGCUUACAAUUAUUUUUUUUUUCAUAUGGAUUUUCAAGCUCAACUCGACAAUAUAGAGGCAAAGACAGAUCCAAAGAACUGGCCACUUAUUCGUCAAGUUUAUCUCGAUCUUGUACUUGCAAAAAUGUGGAAGAUAGUCGAGCCAAUACCCAUCGCUGCUCUUGAGAAUACUGUGGUGUUUGCUGCGCAUGAGCCCGAUACACCGUCGAAUGAACGCCUUGUAAUCCUACCCAUCUACCAAGAAACAUCUUUAUCCAGUGCACGCAUUUCAGAAUUAUUCAACACGCUUGCUGCAGCUGAUUUGACCAACGAUGGCGAUCAACUCAGAAAAAUCACAUUAGCAAUCCACUCUCCCGAUUCCACUCUUGUCUAUUACCACAUAUACAAAGGCUUUAAUAGUAAAAAUAAAUAAACAAGUAAAUGCUAACAAUAGUUACAGAAGAGC